AUGUCUCGCAUCCAACGUCUCCCAUUUUUCCUCCACACCCUUAUCGAAAUCCCCGCCUCCUUGAAUUUCUUCCUCAACCCUUCAUCUCAACUUUCUAUUCCAGCACCGCAAGCUCACACCAUUAUCCAACAGUACGCAACGCUCCUUUUCGUUUCAUGUCUCAUCUCGAUUAUCUUCGCUUCACGACCUGUCGAUAGAACAAGUCGUAAUGUCGCGGGUGCUUUGUCGUUGUAUCAUGUUGCUCCGGGGAAGGAUUUGGAAAAGGAGUGA